GCCGCCGCCGCCGCCGCAGCCGCCACCGCCGGCCGCUGGUGGGGGGCGGCGCCCCAGGCCUCCGCAGACGUGAUGAACCAGCUGUGCCGCGUGUGUGGGGAGCCAGCAGCGGGAUUUCAUUUCGGUGCCUUCACCUGCGAAGGCUGUAAGUCUUUCUUCGGCCGGACGUACAAUAACCUCGGUUCCAUCUCCGAGUGCAAGAACAACGGGGAGUGCGUGAUCAACAAGAAGAACCGGACGUCGUGCAAGGCGUGUCGGCUGCGCAAGUGCCUGCUGGUGGGCAUGUCCAAGAGCGGCUCCCGCUACGGCCGGCGCUCCAACUGGUUCAAGCUGCACUGCCUGAUGCAGGAGCAGCGCCAGCAGCAGGACCACCAGCCGCUGCCGCUGCCGCUGCCGCCGCCGCCGCCGCUGCCGCACCCUCUGGAGCCUCCGGGGCCCGCCAGCUCUCUGGGCAAGGCCAAGCCCCUCCUGUGGGGAGACGCCUCGCGGGUGAGGCACGCCGCCGACGCCGACAACAACAACGUAUUUCCCGACAAGCAGCACCAGAGGGACACGACGCCGUCGCCAGCUCCGAUGCCACUGAGGGGUUUCGCGCACGCGCAGCAGCAGGGCGGCUUCGGGUCUCAGGACGCGGCGGCGGCGGCGGCUCUGUGGGCGGCGAGAAGCUCGCUGCUCGUGCCUCCGCACUCGCACCCCGGCGUGCCGCCCUUCGCCCUGCCCUUCCUGGCGUCACCCUUCCAGCAGACGUCGGCGGCUGCGGGGGGUGGGGGUGUUGCCGCCGCAGCCGCCGCCGCAGCCGCCGCCGCAGCCUUCUACCACGCGCCGUCGCCUCACCGCAACUUCUUCCUCCCCUUCGUGCAGUCCCUGCAGCCCCCCAGGCCCGUGGAGCACCAGCGGCACCCGGCCCCCCUGGCACUCGAGGCCAGGCUGUCGUCGCCGUCUUCUUGCUCCUCGGCGACGUCGUCUCCCCCACCGCCUAACGCGAGGCACAAGGGGCCUCUCAACCGGCAGCAGGAAGGCGAGAAGUCCGCAGUGGCGCUGUUGUCGCUGGGUCCCGUCCAGGAGCAGCCCAUCGACCUGUCAGUGAAGGGCGACGAGAAGGGCGAAGGCUCGACCAGGUCGUGCAGCUCCGGAUCCUCGUCCCCUGCCAGUGGUGGUGCGGCGGUAGCACAGGACUGUGGCAGCGACGCUGCCUUCUCUGGCGCAGAAGACAGCAACGGCAAGGCGACGGAGAGUGAAGACAGCGCCGUCGACGCUUCAGCGUCACAGACGCCGGCCGCGAGGACGACGCCCCUCGACCUGACGACCAGGUCUUGACACGAGACCUGAGUGUCACUCUUACGCAUUAUUGCUCCACUACACACGCUGACGGUCGUUUGCAUUCACUGGGAGAAUAUGAAUACAGGGAGCAACCAAGAGUAGCCGGACACCAGCCUAAGACUACGUCAUACCUUUUCAACUGACUAUCAAGUAUCUAACACAGGCUCGCACACUACUUCCUUUCUCGCAGAUACCGUAUACUUCCUAAUUUCACAGCUGCGGUAUGGUCGCGAAUCGAACAGUCAUCCAGAAAGUGUAGAACAUAUUUCUUUAAUUCCAACUGUGAUUGAGCUCAGCAUCGUCGCGCUAUGAUGCUGAGCUGAUUUUUGUUUAUCUUUUGACGAUGCCACUAUGGCUCCUUUAUACUAUGAAAUGUUUUUAAAGCAUUUCUGAAGAUAGUCAUUACUGAGCGAAACCUGUAGUCUGAGGUCCUAACAAGUCUGUCACACACGAAAAAAAAUUUUUUUUUCUCUACUUCCAAAUUGGUACUGAACGUUUCCUGAGGAAUAAAAGAAUAAUUCUUCUCAUACAACUUUUAAGUGCUAAUAUAUCGAUAUCCAUCUCCUGAACUUGUAAUCCUGCAAAUUUCAUAAUCUGCAGUCAUAUUUCAAUCAGGUACGCAGGGUGAAUCAGGGGGAAAGGUACAUACUUCUACAGGUGAUAGUAUAGUGAUGCAGAACGAAAAACUUCAUAAUGACUUAUGCGCUAUUCCGAAUAGUUUCCUAGAAAGAACACAUUUAAUGUUGGAGUAGGGAUCGUACCUUACGUAUGUUUUCCUUGCAGCGCCACAUCAGACGCUAUAACUGGGUUAUUGAUGUGCUUAUUCAACCAUUUAAUUACUUACGUUAUGUCCCAUCGAAUGAACCACAAUGUGUAAUAAAUUUAUUAAAAGGCUGCAUCAUAGAGAUAAUUUUUCCAAAUUCUGUAUUUGGCUCAAGGUGCAAUGUGGUCUGGAACCAUGAACCACAGCUUAAAAAAGGUGGAUAAGUCACAUGAACACACUUCACUGAAAAUAGACUGAACAUCAUAAUAAGCACACAUAAAAGCAAUUUUUCUGGUUAACAAAUUAGGCCUAACAUUCAUGUUAAUAAACGUUCAAAACCAACAAAUUACUUUGUUUAAGCCUACGUAGCAUUUUUUAUAUUAUUAAUCUCUAUUGCCCUAUUGUAAAUGACUAUUACAAUGUAUCUUGCGCCAUGAUCAUGGGCCAAUAUCACCAACUGGGUCAAGGUACAAUUUUUCUCCUACUUCAAUAAAUCAUUAACGUAACCUGAAAUAAUAAAACGGCGGGAAAAUUCACAGCACGGUUAUUGAGAUAAAUGUCUAUCAUAAUUAUUAAAUACUUAAUUUUAAUUUCAUUUGUGCAUAUAUAGCUGAAAUGACAUUAAAUUAAGAACACAAAAACUUCCUUUUAGGUGGAAAAAAGAUAUUUCUAAGAAACUAAAAUAAUUGCUCCUUGUUCUUCUCACUAGCUGUACUCGCAUCAUAGUAGGCAACUAUCGGUGUGAAGCAGGCUGAAGUUAGAGAUAACGACCACAGAUACAAGAUUACCUCAAUGUACACGCGUCUCUAGCUACAAAUCUCUUCCCCAUAUCGUUAUUUUUUAUAUUAUUCAAUCAUUGUCAUUGUUUACAAUGUACCACAGUCGUGUAGAGGAAGAUGAGACGAACAAUUCGAGGCAGGACACUUGCGACCUGCAAAUUCGGGAAACUACCUCAAAUUAACCUACUAGGAGUACCUAAGCUAAGGCGCAUGCGCUUAGCGUGAGAUUUUCUAUAUUGUCGCGCUCUCUUGGCACAUACUAUUAGUGUUAAAGAAGAAACGAAUAGGACCCAUUUUGUAGGAAAUUUUAGUUGAAUUUUGCACUGCGACACGUUUUCGCUGGAGGCUGCGGUUUACGAGUAUUGAAGAUAAACCUUCAAAAGUAAUAUUAAAUUUGUUCUGUCUCGGAAACCAUUCGGAAUAGGGCAUAUGUCCAUAUGAAGCUUUUUGUUCAGAAUCACUAAUACUAUCACCCAUCAAAGCCUGUAACUUCCAUCCUGAUUCACCCUGUAUGUACUUAAUAGUGGCACAACGAUGUUGCUGUAAGGUGUAUUGAACGAACUCGCAAACUUUCGUAUCCACAAAUGAUCUAUUUCAGGAAACAAAUAACACACAUUAAGAGAUGAUAGUAAGGAAAAUAACAUAUACACACAUGCUCUGUGUGAGGCCUCUUUCGAGAAGUCGCUGUUUGAAACUACCAAGAAUGACAAAGCCGUAGUUACUGAAUUGACUCAUCAUUCUUUGUUUGCUUUUACUAUCUAGUUUUUGUUUAAAAAGCCGUCACCAAUUCUACUGCGUUAUGUAGCUCGCUUGGUAAUGUUGUGCAUUGUUAAAAGACGCUGACGUUCUGAGCUUCCAUGAGGUAACACUAAAAGAUGCUCUUGUUAUUAUUUCACGUAAUUGCGAACGUCUCUUGUACGAUUGCAGUAGAAUCAUAGAAAACAGAUGUUGUUGAAUUCUCUAUAUAUUAGCCUUUGAUAGACAAGGGGACGAUGCAUUGCUUAUUCCGUCACAUGUACCCCAUUUGAAGUGCCUCCUCUCUUCAUUUGGCGCUACUACUCUACAUGAUACUCUUUAGUACAUGUUUCUACGCAGGAAACAGCAUUGAUUAACACGUAUCUACAACAGCUAACGCUAGCGAUGGGUUAUUUGAAAUUGAAGUAAAGAAGAGUCGUGAACAAUUAACAAUAAGCAACUAACUGUUAAUUUUAUACUAUCUGCACAUUUUCUACUCCUGGCAGUGGGAAGUACCUGAAUAUCGAGGACCUCUGAGGACGGAGCAUGUGUUUAUAUGAAUAUUCCGCUCAAAACUGUGCUUUCGAUCGAGUUACAAAGAUGUGGUCUUCGAAAUGAUUUCCGUUUAGCUCAUUACAAUUUCUCUAGGAUUAUAUACAUUUUUUAAAGGCAGUUGUUUCAAUUUGAACGUGAGCUCGUUGUCUUGCGGGGAAAUAACAGUUUAGCGUAAGUCGACAAUAAACAGUAAAAUCUCCCCCCCCCCCCCCCACACACACACAUACACACUUCCAUCCACAGCUAAAAUUGUCUGUUUAUAACUACGCUACCAAGCCAUCUCUGUUAAGCACACAUAAAAAGUUUUUUCUGCUCCUUGUAACAAUAUCAGAAGCGUAUCAAAGUGUCUCUUUUUAGCUUUCGAAAAUAUUAAACAGAAAAUAGUAAAACUUGAAACGAUCAUAGAACUUCGGUAUUUCACAGAAACUUGCUGGGUUUAAGACAGCGUAGUCUUAGAACGGUGUACCCUCAAAUACAAAUUAAUAAUGAAAUCGCAGAUCUACCCAGUCAUACUAAAUCGUUUACUAGCCUCGAUGUAAUGUGAAGUGACCGCAGUGACUGGGAAUUGCGAACAGAAGCUGAAAGAUUGAGCUCACGUUAUUUUCAUUUGCAAUCUCAUUUCAUCAGUUUUAAUUAUGCCUCUUUGUGUAUACUAAAAUACAGUAGGAGCCCGUUUAAAAUCACCAAUAGUGUUGUGAGACUACUGUGUCAGACGUCUUAUAGCUGCGAUGGUACUUCAUACCACGUUAAGCAACGACGUUUUAUUUGUCAGGCAGUCUGUCAUGUGAAUUUCUAUAGCAGCUGAUUAAUGGAAAUCAAAUUUCCGUAUCUCGUGACAAAAAAAUCAUGAUCUUGCAGAUUACAUAGGUCCUCAGUCAAGGUGGUCGUCAACGGCACUCUACAAUCUUCUUUGAAAAACAAAGUGUAGGGCAGUGGGUGUCUUGUAAAAAUUCCAUUUCACAGUUCAAGAGAUGUGAAUAUUUGCGGUUAUUUGUUUCUAAUUAUUGCAACUUGUGCCUUGUGAUAACCUAGUUACUUUUGAAGUUUGCGACGCCUGCGCAAUUGAUUUGAUGACACCUUUGCUGUCCUUUUGACUACGCGGCUGCGGCGCAGUAGAUGGCAAACGACGACCCUGUCGGCUGCGUCCGGCUACUCUGGAGCACACAAUGUCGUUCUCUACAGAACUCGAACACUCAUUUCACGUGAUGUUCCAAAGUACAGAGAGCAACGCGUAGCUUCUUCCAGAUCAACGCGUCAUGAUCUUCUGGUUGUUGCCGUCCGAACUUUGUGACAUAACGAGAAAAUUGUCUCUAUACACUACUCCGUCCAAACGAACUAUUGUCGUAAGAUAUUUAUUUUGCUACAAUGUAUUAUACAAAUAUUUGUAAUGAUUUAGUGAGAAAGAGUGUAAAUCGAGAUUGAGUAAUUCCACUGUUGUCUGACCGACGUUCUGGAAAUUUCAAGAGUGAUAAAUUAUUUCUCUAUACCAUCAUAUUCUCAAAUUGCUAUUAUGAGCUGAAGAACAAACUGUUGAAAAAAUUUGCCUGUUGUUACUUCGAUUCAACUGAAAAAUUCGACGAAGAAAUUCCUUUUGCACGCCACAUAAAUUUAAGUUUACUUGAGGAGUGUGUGUUUCCGGAAACCAGUUCAGUUGUCAUAGAGAUCAAGUAUUUGCAUUAAAGUACACAUUUUUGUCUUACUAACGAAUCAUCCUUUGGAUAAAUACAAGUGGAGUGGGAGUCCUUUAAAGAGCUGUACAGUUAUUUCACAAAGGCCAGUAUUAUAUUUUUUAAUCAGGUUUAUGGACAUUGUAAAUAACGGAACUGAGAACUAAAACUUUUAUAUCCGUGCCUCAACUGCCCUACUUCGCUGAGAGUGGUUGUCACAUUGUUUAAGUCCUAUAUACGUGAUGUCAAGGCAAGCAUUAAAAACAAACAGGCUUCAAAAUAAAAUUACAAUAAUGGUAAAAAUGUGUGCAAGUAAUGUGUAAAUGAAACCGUUAUACUGAACCAUUCGAGCUCAAGCUAAAGGCAAGUGAUAAAUUAGUUUGUCUUCCACAGAUUGUAUACGAUUUUGAACAAUAGCAGCAGUGUUGUUUUUUAUAUCUCUCUGCUGUGGAUGAAAAUAAGAACGUAUAUUCGUUUGUAUUUUUGUGAACCUGUGCAUAUUUGUUAUUCAUAUUUAUAUUUU